UUAAUUCCAUCAACUUUAACAAAUCAUUUGAAGCUAAAUUAUCUCUUUGAGUUCUUAUAGCAUUAAUAUUUUGUUUAGAAACAUUAUACAUAUGGGUAGUUCAACUGUUUUCCUUAUGUUCCUUAAUUUGGUGUUCUUCACCAUGGUUAGCUCUUCCUAUACAACUCCUCCUCCUCCUCCUAAUUCUAAAGCCAAAUGUCCUUUGGACACUCUUAAGUUGGGAGUGUGUGCAAAUCUGUUGCAUCUUGUAAUUAUUGGGGAUCCAUCCAAGACUCCUUGUUGCACACUUAUUGGGGGUAUAGCUAAUCUAGAAGCUGCUAUCUGCCUUUGCACUGCCAUCAAAGCUAAUAUCUUAGGCAUCAAUCUUAAUGUUCCACUUACAUUGGAAUUGCUUCUCAACAAGUGUAACAAGGAAGUCCCUUCUGGCUUCCAAUGCCCUAAUUAACAACAAUUUCUCAUUAUCUUCAACAUGUGUAAUCAUCAUUAGUACACUAUAUAUGUUUAUUUAAUUUAUGUUUUCAUUACUAUAUAUAUACCAUAUAUGAAGCAAUUUUAAUUUUAAUUUUUAUUAUGUUAUUGGCACAUCUCAUGCCGUCAAAAAUGAG